GGGUGUGUUCACUCUUUCCAGUUCUCAUCAUCUUAUUGAUUAGAGAGGCUAUGAUCUGAUUAUUGAUUGGUGAAGCUUUGAUGGUUUUCUUUACAGCAUCCACUGACAGGGCUGUGAUUGCCGGGGCCAUGGCCACCUUCCACAGCAAGACCUGCCUUCGCUUUGUUUCCAGAAGCACUGAAAUCGACUACCUCAGCAUUGAGAACAGAGAUGGGUGCUACUCUUCAUUGGGCAGAACAGGUGGGAAGCAGGUGGUCUCCCUCAGCACGAGGGGCUGCGUGUACCUGAACCACGCUCUGGGCUUCUACCACGAGCACACCAGAAGUGACCGCAACCGCUACGUGACCAACUGGCAGAACAUCAACACUGCAAUGCAGUACAACUUCAACAAGGAGAACACCAACAACCUCAACACACCGUACGACUACUCCUCCCUGAUGCACUAUGGGAAAACGGCCUUCACCAUCAACGGGCUGAACACCAUCACUCCACAAGUACAUAAUGAAAUCUUACUUAUUUACAAGGAUAUUUAGUCAAUAAUAAUAAUA